AUGGAGAAUUUGGAAAUAUCACGUGAAACCAGCGCGUCUCCUCGUCUAGCGUUUGUGUCAAUUCCACCAGUUACACAUCAAAUAUUUCCCGAAGAACUUCCUACUGUUGCUGAUCGGAUCAAAUCACGUCGUCGUCGUUCCAUCAUACGUGAGUUCAGUUUAAAUACAUCAACACAUGGCUUACCUGGCAUGGCUCGUAGUGAGAGCAAACAUAAUUUUGUUUUUUGGUUCAUUUCAUUUCUUGUUUUUACUGGUAUUAUGAUUUAUUUUGUUACUAAAGCAAUUCUCGAUUACUUUGAAUAUCCCACUCAAAGUGACGUUAAUGUUAUUCGAGAAUGGCCACAAUAUUUUCCCGCAGUUAGUAUUUGUAAUGCUGCCAUUUUUCGACUUGAUACAUAUAUGCCAGCAUUUAUCAAAUACAUUAAAUCGCGAAAUAUCACUAUUCCAUCAAAUAUGACAACGAUUCCUCCGAAUCUUUAUCCAUUUAUUUUAACUUUUGCCGUUGAUAAAUUGAAUUCCAAUGAAACUUUAAUUCCAUACUUCUUUUCACUUCAAUCUAUGCUUAAAAGAUGUACUUACAAUAAUUUACCAUGUUCAACAAACGAUUUUAUAACAUUUUCUGCGGCAACACAUGGUCUUUGCUAUACAUUCAAUGCAAGAAUGAAAAUUGACGAUGGAAAAAGUGUACGAUACAGCAAUCAAGACGGUCGCACUGGUGUACUCGAAUUAGAACUCUAUGUACAUAGUCAUUUAUAUCCUCCUUCUUUUUUCACCGGUGUUGGUAUGGUGACUCUCGUCCAUGAUAAUAGUCAUUUGCCAUUGAUUGAAACAGCUGGUAUUUUUCUCUCUCCAGGACGAAAACAUAAAUUAGGUUAUAAGAAAAAGACGAGCUAUUUUUUACCGUCACCGUAUACAACGUGCACGACGAAAGUACCUCUGCCAAUGAGAGUCAUGUAUGAUACUUAUUAUAAUGGCGCUGACUAUGGAUAUUCUCAAACUGUCUGUUAUCAACUUUGCGAACAAACUUAUGUUUAUGAACAAUGUGGUUGUGUCAAUCCUAAUCAAUGGAAUGCUCGUUCGAUUGUUCUACCGGGUACAGAUCAAAUUAUUUUAGCGCCGUCGUGUGCACCAGUUUUUGUCAAUGCUUGUUAUUCUCGAGCUGCGGAUGUUCUGUACAAUUCACCUUCUCUUCUUGAAAAAUAUUGUUCUGAUUGUACAUCAGAUUGUUCAUUAAUCGAUUUUGAUCUUCAAAUGUCAUCUUUAGCUACACCGUUAGAAUGGCAAAUGGAUGAAAUCAAAACAUUCGUCGAAAAUUCUAGUAUUCCAAAACCGUUAUCUUGGAUGACUGACUGGCAGACACAUAUUCGAUCAAAUUAUCUCAUCUUAACUGUUGUUCGUGAAACAACAAUUGUUGAAAACAGCACUCAAAGUGCACAAAUGACUUUGGUUGAUGUUCUCUCAAAUAUUGGUGGUCAAACUGGCUUAUGGAUUGGCAUUAGUUUUCUUUCUAUAAUGGAAUUUAUUGAACUUUUCUAUCGUCUUGUUCGUCGUCAGUUCCAAAUCAUUUCUGCCAGAUUGUGA